UCAAGUAGCUGAACAUUGUCAUCAAAUACCAUUUAUCAAGCUACCCUGGUUUUAAUUUGAUUUCAUGCCUAGUUUAUCAGGUCUUUGGCUGUGCCAUGAAGAUAGCGGCAGUUCAUUGGCUGAUAAAAAGGUGAAGUAAGCGGAGAGCUCGUUAAUAAAUUAGCCUCAGAUGCAGGUAGCAGACCAAUGAGCUCAUUGCGAUGAAUGGAGCAAGGAGAGAGCCGGAGUUUGAGGAAGAGCAUCACAUCACAUCCUUAGGUGUGCUGUAACAAGCCUAUUGAUUUAAAACAAUAAGAUUUUGUUAUUCAUCCUCGUUUAGCUUUUAAAACAAAGAUGGUAGCAGGAUUAAAACCUUCAGAGAAAGAAGAUGCAGCAAGAACAUUUACAUGAAUUUUUCAGUGCGGGAGACACAGAGGAAAAUUUUUCUCCCCCCAUUCAAAGGCAUGUGAAGGAGCUGGAGUGAGCUGGUUGCUAUGGUAACAGGAGGCUGCAGAAGGAGCCUGAGAAAGUGAAAUAAGGAGGGAGAAAAGCUUUUGUUUGUGUAUUUUGUUUUCUGAGAAGAGAUCAGAAGAAAAGGGGAAUGGCGGAUCGAUUUCCUGGUUAUGGUGGGUUGUAUGACACCAGCUCUCUGCUGCAGUUUUGCACUGAUGACAGUGUUUCGGCCACGAGUAGCAUGGAUGUGGACGACCGCAUCUCGUACCUUGAGCAGCGGAUGCAGCUGCAGGAUGACGAGAUUCAGGUUCUGAAAGCAGCGCUUGCCGAUGUGGUCCGACGGUUAGCCCACGCAGAGGAGCAGCACACCUUGCUGAACAAAAGAGCACCCAGCAGAGCCCGUCUCUUCACACAAGCAUUGCCCUCAAGGCCCACCCUCACCAAUGGGACUGCAACACCUCCGAAAAGAAGCAAUGCUAUACCUCAGUCACCAUCCUCACCCAGGAAGGAGACCUCCUCCACAAGAAGCAAACAUAAAGACUCCAUUUUCAGUGCCGAAGAUGGCUAUGUGAAGAUGUUCCUACGUGGACGUCCCGUCACUCUCUACAUGCCUCAAGCACUGACUGGAACGUACAAACUGCAGACCACAACUGAAUUGCCAGCCCACAAACUGAAGAUGGAAUGGGUGUAUGGUUAUCGAGGCCGCGAUUGCCGGUCCAAUCUCUAUCUCCUACCGACAGGUGAGAUUGUUUACUUCAUCGCAUCCGCCGUUGUGCUCUAUAACGUUGAAGAGCAGCUGCAGCGUCAUUACCUCGGACACAACGACGAUGUGAAAUGCCUAGCUGUACAUCCUGAUAGGGUCACCAUGGCAACAGGACAGGUGGCAGGAACUACAAAAGAUGGAAAGCAUCUUCCACCUCACGUGCGUGUGUGGGACUCUGUGAGCCUGAACACACUGCAUGUUAUCGGAUCCGGGGUCUUUGACAGAGGCAUUUCUUGCGUGUCCUUCUCAAAGUCCAAUGGAGGUGUUCACCUGUGCGCGGUGGAUGAUUCCAACGAACAUAUCCUCUCUGUGUGGGACUGGCAGAAAGAGCAAAAAGUGGCUGAUGUGAAGUGUUCCAACGAGUCAGUGCUGGCAGUGAGUUUCCACCCCACUGAAGCCCAGCUCCUCAUCACUUGCGGCAAAUCCCACAUUUGCUUCUGGACGAUGGAAGGCAACACUCUCUCUAAGAAGCACGGCAUUUUCGAGAAGCAAGAGAAACCCAAAUACCUUCUGUGUUUGGCUUUUUCCGAGAAUGGAGAUGUGAUCACCGGUGAUUCGAGUGGAAACCUGAUCGUUUGGGGAAAAGGAACUAACCGGAUCAGCUCUGCAGUUCAGGGGGCGCAUGAAGGUGGCAUUUUCAGCCUCUGUGUGCUGAAUGAUGGGACACUGGUGUCCGGUGGAGGGAAAGAUCGCAAGGUCAUCCUCUGGGACAGGCAGUACCACAAGGUCCAAGAAACUGAGAUCCCUGAGGCCUUUGGCCCAGUGAGAACAAUUGCAGAAGGAAAAGGUGAUGGAUUAUUUGUUGGCACAACAAGGAACUGCAUUCUCCAAGGCACAUUGAGUGGGGGAUAUUGUCCUAUCGUACAAGGUCAUAUGGACGAGCUGUGGGGACUUGCUGCUCACCCAGGUGAGGACAGGUUUGUGACGUGUGGGCAAGACAAGUUGAUCCAUUUCUGGGACUCGACAUCCCACCAGCCUGUCUGGAGUAAGGCUCUCGAUGAUCCGGCUCAGUCAGUUGGUUUCCAUCCCAGUGGGUCUGUUGUUGCUGUUGGAUUGCAAACUGCAAGGUGGAUGGUUUUUGAUGUUGAAACAAAGGAUCCCAUCACCGUGCAUACAGAUGGGAAUGAGAAGCUGUCUGUCAUGAGCUACUCCCCAGAUGGCAAUUACCUGGCCAUUGGAUCACACGACAAUUAUGUUUACAUAUACACAGUGGCCGAAAAUGGCAGGAAGUACAAUCGAGUGGGAAGGUGUUCCGGACACUCCAGUUUUAUAACUCAUCUGGACUGGUCAACUGACAGUCGCUAUAUAGUCACAAACUCUGGAGACUAUGAAGUCCUCUUCUGGACACCUAACUGUAAACAGGUGACGAGUGUGGAUGUGGUGCGGGACUUGGAGUGGGCGACCUCAACCUGUGUACUCUCCUUCCAGGUCUUUGGCGUCUGGCCAGAGGGAGCAGAUGGGACUGAUAUCAAUGCCAUUUGCAGGUCGUCUGAUGAUCAACUCCUUGUCACGGCGGAUGACUUUGGGAAAGUGAACUUGUUUCCCUAUCCAUGCUCGCACCCUCGGGCACCAAGUCACAAGUACAGUGGCCACAGCAGUCAUGUGACCAAUGUUGCCUUUCUCCAUGACAACACACAUCUAAUCUCCACUGGCGGGAAGGACAUGAGUGUCAUUCAGUGGAGUGUCGCCUAGGUUACUGCACUUUAUCCAAUGAUGCAAUCCAACCACGUGGGUUGGGAGGUGCUAGGGCACUGCACAGCAAGAUUCCAUUCUUCAGUGCCUCAUCAAUCACCAAUUCCCUAUGUUUUAUGGUUUUGCUGAAUUUUGGUUUUAAAGUUGGAAGCAGGUGGGCAUUCUAUUGUCUUCCCCUUCCCCUUGGCACCUGCACUAUGUUGUUUCUUUCUUUAGCCUCUCUGGACCUGGUCCAAUUCAACUGGAGGACAAUCCUAAAGCUCCAUGCAAAUAAUUUUCAAUUGGUUGCACAGUCUGCCUCCUCCACCUCUGCUGUAACUACCCCCAUCCCUUGCUGUGCAAAAGUCAUUGCAUGCAGCGUAACCAAUUUAAACCAUAUCGAUUAUAAGAAUCCAUUUUGGAGAUCUACUCCCCUAUUAUGCAGCAAGUUAGCACAGAAGCCCCAUGAACUGUUUUCUCAUCUGGACUCCACAAGCGUUAGUUUGUAUGAAAGGGCACUUGAUGACUGCUGCUUUGAGGCAAUCCUCAUCGUCUGAUGCACAAAACUGCCCUGUUUUGUGUUGUGUUUUUUUUUCAGGGUGGGGGCUGAUAGUUUACAGGGUUCUGCACCACCUAGGUCUUCCAAACUGGGAUUUUGCGAGAUGCAUUUCCGUCUCUGACCCACCACCCUCGCAAGGUUGCCUUCCUGCUGCAUUUGAACUAAGUGUGAUGCAGUGAAAACUCUGAAGAAUCGGACAUGGUUUCAAACUUGACCGAUGCUGUGUGAUAGCCACGUAAACCCUUUACAGCACCAGAGCUUAUAGCUACAAGAUCUGCAACCUCUUUGCUGCCUUCACAGGGGAGAUACCCAUGCGAAAACCAUUAAAAGGAAACAGAAUGGACAAAAAUUGUUUUUUUUAAGCAGACUUUCAAUUUUUUAUAAUCUGCUUAAGUGUCAAAGCUGACUUUUCUUUUUCCUGAUAAUCAUCUAGUUUGGGAUUUCCAUGCUCAUCCCACAAGAUAAUACUUGGUGCAGAGCUGCAUUUGUUAUUUUAACUGAGGCAUGGGGUUAGAGGUGUUUUUGCUUUUGUUGAUUUAGUGCCCCCUGCUCAAUCAUACACCACAGAAGAGACCCUUCGGCCCAUCAAGUCUCUAUUACUGUGGGUAUCCACCUGACUCAUGGGAACUUUCUUGUGAGACUAGUGCAUUUUCCAAAUGUUUAAUUUGUUUGUUCCUUUCCCAGUUUGGUUAGGAAUCCACAUCUCAUUUCCACAUGCUGGACUUGUAACAGGGUGUUUCCCUUUCUGUGUCUAAGCACAGCAAAUAUCCUGUAUGCACUAAGUUUCUGUUCACUCCAUUUAACUGUAAAUGUUAUCUAUCUACUGACAUGGCAAUGCCACAGAUCCGUAGCCUGAACUCUUAGAUCCUAUCUAAUUUCCUGAUUUAUCUGGUUGACAGCAGCAAUGCCCUUUUGGUUUAUUCAUGAGUUUACGAAUACUGUUAGCGUACCUGUUGCAGCUGAGCCAUGCUUAAAUUCCAUGGUUUAAACCCCUCCUGGAUGCUCAUCAAAUGUGCACUCCCACACUAUUAAUUACCGGCUUUAUAUAUAAAACUCUGAUGUUGCCCCCACAUUCCAAGAAUGGAUUAAAAAAUUUGUAUAUAGCUAUUUAACUGAUUUUAAGGAUCACUGAAGAAAUGCAAAUGGAAUAUGAGUGUGUUUUUCUAGUGCAGAGAAUUUAAAAUGUUUAUGAUGUUUCAAUGGUGUAGAAGUUGCAACAAACUGUACAAAGUUCAAACAAACAUUUUCAGCCAAUCUCAAUUUUUCCUGCAAC